AUGCUGCCCGACUACGAGAAGCAGGAGCCGCUCCACGAACAACAGCGGACACCAGAUGUUCCCUCCAACCAUCAACGCGCCGCCACAAGACGGGGCUAUGUCCUCCUCAUGGGUGGAUUCGUCUACCUUCUCUGGCGCGCCUUUGGCUCUGCUAGCGGAGACUUCAAUGAAAGUGCUCUGCUCGAGGUGAACGAGGACCAGUAUCUUCGGGGCCUCAUGAACAAGGGGGCAGAGUGGGCAGCAGCCGACAACCGAGAGCAGACUGGCCUGACAGGCGGAUCCUGGCUCAGUCCUGAGGCAGCCGAGAAGCUCUAUUUGGAAGUGCCCAAUAACAGCAGCGUAGCCGCCGCCUCUCGUCGAUACACUUCCUACGCACACCCAGCAGGCUCUGGAUGGGACCUCGUCUCUGCCCUGAAUCUCAAGAACGAGUGGGAGAAGGAGUUGGGUCUCAAAUCAUCUGGUCCAGAAGAGUUCAUCUACGAUGCUGGCAGCACAGAGAGCCAAGCUCGUGUCAAGGGUGGUAUGGACAAGCUGGGGGUCUGGGUCGAUACCUAUUAUCCCGUGAUGAACACGCCUGUGCAUGUUUCUGCAACUCUCCUGACCGAUCCUCCCGUCUCCGCCAAACUGCAAGAAGACAUUAUCGAAGGCGAUACCGACUCUCAGCUCCGAGACGAGGUCCCAGUCUUCCACGGCCUCUCUGUCAGCGGUGAUGUCACGGGCAAAUACGUCUAUGUGGGAUAUGGGAGAAAGCAGGACUUUGAUCUGUUGCAAGAAAAGGGGAUCGACUUUAAGGACAAGAUUGUCCUUACCAAGUACGGAGGUUGCUUCCGAGGACUCAAGAUCAAGGCCGCUCAAGAAGCUGGAGCGGUCGGCGUCAUCAUCUUCACCGACCCAGGAGACGACGGUGAGAUCACCGAGGAGAAUGGCUACAAGACCUAUCCGGAUGGCCCUGCUAGACAACCAAGCAGUAUCCAGAGAGGCAGUGUACAAUUUAUCUCCAAGUACCCCGGCGACCCCACCACCCCAGGAGAGCCCGCCUACAAGAACGCUUCCCGUCUCGAAGGCGGUAAUCAGCCCUCCAUUCCAUCCAUCCCCAUGUCAUACCAGGACGUCAUCCCCUUCCUCAAAGCUCUCCAAGGUAAAGGCAUUCACGCCGAGGACCUUGGGCCUGAUUGGGUUGGUGGCCUCGGGUUCUACGGGGUGGAUUACUUUGUGGGACCUAGUGAUGUGGAUUUGCAUCUUGUCAAUGAGGUCAACACUCGAGUCAUGCCUAUAUGGAAUACUAUGGCUGUCAUCCCGGGCCACAUUACCGACGAGGUCGUCAUCUUUGGCAACCACAGGGACGCCUGGGUACUCGGCGGCUCCGACCCCAAUUCUGGCACUGCCUCCCAAUACGAAACCGUUCGCGGACUCGGUGCUCUCCUCAAGAAGGGCUGGAAACCUCUGCGCACUAUCGUCCUCGCAAGCUGGGAUGCCGAAGAGUAUGGGUUGAUUGGAAGUACAGAGUGGGCAGAAGAUUUCGGAGAAUGGUUGCAAGAGAAUGUGGCUGUCUAUGUGAACAUGGACAGCUCAGCCUCUGGCGGAAACUUUGACGCUGCUGCUUCACCUUCUUUGGCCCACGUCAUCCGAACGGCUGCUGAGGAAGUCGAGUCAAGCCUGGACCCUACUCGCUCCGUCUUUUCCACAAGAAACGAUGCCGGGAGCUGGGAAGCUUACAACAGGGAGAAAUGGGCUCUCGAAGUCGAAGGCGAUGUCUCGAUUGCCAAGGAUGAUGACUAUGAGAUUGGUCCUCUUGGCUCGGGCUCUGACUUUACACCCUUCCUCCAGCGAUACGGCAUCGCCUCCGGAAACCUGGGCUACACCGGUGGACCCAAGGACCCUGUCUAUCACUACCACAGUAUCUACGACUCUCACUAUUGGCAGGCCAAAUUCGGUGACGUUGGCUUCCAUAGACACACCGAUGCUGCCAAGGUAGUCGGGCUCGUCUUAUUGCGCUUGGCAGACAGUCUCAUUCUUCCUUUGAACACCACCAAGUACACGGAAGAUCUGUCUCUAUACUUGCACAAAGUGGAGAACGUCGCCAAGUCAAGCUCCCUCUCUUCAGAGAUUGACUUUGCCCCUCUCGCCUCGGCCAUCAAAUCUGCCCAGCAUGCGUCUACGGGGCUCGACAAGGACCGACACGACGCCCUGAAAAGGCUUCAGAAGCUCCUCGGAGAAGGGAAACACGCUUCCAGCUCGAUGCUGUCUCGGGCAGCUCACAAGUGCGGAUGGCAGGCGACGCCCGGUACAGAGCUCCAGCACAUGCCCUCCUGGGACGACGAGAAUGAGAGUGGUUUCCCCCACCCGCGCUUGCCCUUCCCCCUGCCCACCCCUGGCCGGAUUCACAAGAUCAAAGAGGUGCUUGAGGAGAUCAGGGCGAUCAACAAAAAGCUGCAAUACUUUGAGCUCGACUUUAUCUCUGAGAACGGAAUCAAGGAACGCGAAUGGUAUCGACACAAGGGGACGGCACCCGGUCUUUGGUUGGGCUACGGGGCCACUACUUUCCCAGCUUUGACUGAAGCUAUCACCAUCGACCAUUCCGCCAAGCUUGCUCAAAAAGAGGCGGAUGAGCUGACGCAGAUCAUCACAAAGAUUGCAAAGCAUCUCUCUGCUUGA